ACAUAAACCCCCCGCGUGCUCCCUGCGGCCUGACAGCAUGGCUUACUGCGAGGAGCACGCGGACACAUACCUGCACCCGCCCAGGUACCGGAAGUACAAGAGCUUUCUCGCGCACUAUGGAGACGCCGCGGACGCCUUCAACAACCAGCAGCGCGCGCAGCUGCGGGCCCUCCUGGCGCAGAUCAACCCCUCUCUGGCCCCGCGCCUCCGGAGGUUCAACACGCGGGACGCGGCCGUGCAGGUGAACCCGCGCCGGGACGCCGCGGUGCAGUGUGGGAUCGGCACGCGCACCCUGGCCCGCGCGGGGGACGCCGGGGUCGCUGGGGUCGCUGGGGUGAGGUACCCGCGCACACUCGCUGUUUACUCCCCCGUGGCCUUCAGGAGCGUCACGUGCUUCCUGGGGGAGGAGGAGGUUGGGGAACCGGAGGAGAGAACCGGAGAACCUCGAAAGAAAACCAGAACCAGAACCAAAGAUCCAGAGGGAGGGGAGGAGGAGCACGAGGAGCAGCAGGAGGCGAAGCGCAAGGCGCGCGUGAAGUUCCAGUUCCUGGAGCAGAAGUACGGGUACUACCACUGCAGAGAGUGUAACCUGCGGUGGGAGAGCGCCUAUGUGUGGUGCGUUCAGGGAACCAGCAAGGUUUAUUUCAAACAGUUCUGCAGAAAAUGCCAGAAGUCCUUCAACCCGUACCGAGUCGAGGACAUCACGUGUCACAUGUGCAACAAGGCGCGCUGCUGCUGCUCGGAGACGCAGCGCCACGUGGACCCGAAGCGUCCGCACCGCCAGGAUCUGUGCGGGCGCUGCAGAGGGAAGCGUCUGUCCUGCGAGAGCACCUUCAGCUUCAAGUACAUCCUGUAGCUCGGCUGUAGCUCGGCUGUAGCUCGGCUGUAGCUCGGCUGUAGCUCGGCUGUAGCUCGGCUGUAGCUCGGCUGUAGCCCGGCUGUGACCCCCCUCUGACCCCCCCGUAUCACUUCCUGUCAGCCCCCCCCCAGCCACUGUACCUGCAGAUCUGCAGCGAUGGCAUUUUUGGAUGCGGAACAUUAAUUAGUCGUUUCAAACUUUAUUUAAUGCCUGUUUUGUGUUUGAUAUUAACGGUAAGCGUUACAGUUGCUAUUGUAAUAAACGGCUACCUGCA